AUGAAAGUGGUUGUUUAUCCGGGUUCUUUUAACCCGAUCACCAAUGGACACACAGACCUGGUGGAGCGGGCACUGCAUCUGUUUGAUCAUGUUGUCGUGGCCAUUGGUACAUCGGCGCAGAAAAACCCGAAGGUAGACCUGGCUGAUCGGAUAGAGCUGUGCAACGAGGUGCUCGCAGAAUUUGGCGACCGGGUGUCGGUGGAGGGUUUUAAUAACCUGUUGGUCGACUACGCCAAAAGCAAGAACGCGCGUUUUAUCUUACGUGGACUGCGAACGGUGACGGACUUCGAUUACGAAUUUCAAAUGGCGGAAAUGAAUCAGUCUCUGGCACCGGGUAUAGAGUACGUCUUCCUGUUGCCAUCAAAAGAGUGUUCGUUCAUCUCUUCCACGCUGGUGCGUGAAAUCGCAACCCUGGGCGGCGAUAUCACAAACUUUGUCCACCCGGCGGUGGCGAAAGCGCUACAAGGCUGA